AUGUCUACGGCACCGCCCUCUGUAGUUCCUGACGAUAUGGAGAGGCAACAGAUUGAAAAGGAUAUCAUGCCGGAUAAGGUCUCUGCAUUCAAGGGACUUGGCUGGCUGGAUCGUUUCCUAGCUGUGUGGAUUAUUCUCGCCAUGGCAAUAGGUAUUCUAUUGGGCAACUUUGUGCCUAGUACAGGCCCGGCUCUCGAAAAAGGACAGUUUGUCGGCGUUUCAGCACCAAUUGCAAUUGGCUUGUUAGUCAUGAUGUAUCCGAUUCUGUGCAAGGUACAAUACGAGACAUUGCAUCUUGCAUUCAAGACCAAGGAACUCUGGAUCCAAGUCGGUUUUAGCAUACUGGUGAAUUGGCUCAUUGCCCCGUUCUUGAUGCUGGCACUAUCAUGGGCGUUCCUUCCAGACGAGCCUGGCCUCCGUGAAGGUCUGAUUCUGGUUGGCAUUGCUCGAUGUAUCGCUAUGGUGUUGAUCUGGACUGGUCUUGCUGGAGGGGAUUCUCAGUAUUGCGCUAUCCUGGUCGCCAUCAACUCGAUCCUGCAGAUGGUCUUAUUCGCGCCCUUAGCCAUCUUCUUCAUCAACGUCAUCAGCCACUCUCACUCGACAAUUUCGCCCUCAUACUCGACAGUAGCCACCAGCGUCGCCGCGUUUCUGGGCAUCCCUUUAGCCGCAGCCAUCAUCACUCGCUUCGCCAUCCGAAAGAUCUCGCCAACAUGGUACGAUCAAACGUUUAUCAAAUGGAUUGCACCCUGGUCCCUGAUCGGACUCCUCUACACCAUCAUCGUGCUAUUCGCAUCCCAAGGCCACCGCGUGGUGCACCAAAUCGUUUCAGUCGUACGAGUAGCAGCACCCUUGAUCGUAUAUUUCUUCGCCAUUUUCAGCAUUACCUUGUGGAUCACGCAUAAACUUGGCUUUGGAUACAAGUUGGCCGCAACACAGAGCUUUACGGCUGCGAGUAACAAUUUCGAGUUGGCGAUUGCUGUUGCGACGGCUACGUAUGGUGCCAACAGUGAUCAAGCGCUCGCAGCGACUGUAGGCCCUCUGAUUGAAGUGCCGGUGCUGUUGGGUUUGGUGUAUGUGGUCAGAUGGAUAGGGAAUACACGCCAGUGGAAGGCAUGA